CUACUCACUGUUGACUCCUUUUUAUUAUUUUCCAAAAAUCUUCUAGUACAAUUUAUGUUUCAGGAAGGUGGCCAUAUUUAAUUCAUUGUGUUGCCUUCUCUAACAUACAUGUACACAUCCCAGUUUGAGAAACAUUGUCCAAUCCCUAUUGUUUUUACCCAGUUUGUUCAAGUAUUUUAUUUGGAAAACAUGGCUCCGAAUGAUACAUGCCUGUUGGAUUAAAACUGAACUUCUUCUGUAGGAAAGAUGAUUUGCCCCCUGUGAAGUGCCCAGAUACCCACUGUUGCAUUUGAAGGUGGAUCCCAGAGAAUAGCCUUAGUAAAAGCAUAGUCAUAGUGUGUGGCCUGCCAAGUGGACCAUGUAAAAUGUAUAUAGUAAAUAAUUCAUAUUGAUAUUGUGCCUUGUACAACAUUGACUUUGAGGGUUGUAACUACCUUGUGGAUGUUGCUGCCACUAAAUUAUUUACAGUAGGUGAGGUUCUGUUUGAAUUACAAUCCAAACAGUGUUCGAUUGGUAGUUAUGACAGGUGUAUGUAGUAUGCAUUUUUGGUGGAGUAAUUCUUCUAGGAUUGUGAUUAAUCCUGUUUCUUCAAAUCAGGUCAUGUUAAUCCACUUAAUCCAUAAAAAUUGGAUUUAAGUAAUUGCCCUUGUGUAAACCUUAUGGUUUACAAAGUGCUUUCACAUGUAUCUUCCUUACAUAACCAGGUGGAUAUGUGGUAGUAUUCCCAUUUUAUAGAUGAGGAGACAGGUUCAUCAAGGUAAAACAAUUUGUUGAAGGUUAUAGAGCUAUGAAGUGACAGAACAUGUGCGUGAUCCUAGGUGUCCUCUCUCUGUAAGUGCAUACUUGUCUGCUUUGGAGUGGAAAGCCACUUUCCCAAUUAGAUCUACAGCUGUCUGUCGAAGGAGACUAAGUCCGAGAUUAACGGAUGGAAGCAACUGAAUACUUUAUUAGGCCCUAGUGUUAUAUGGUUCCUAGCAAAUCCCUGAAAAAAAUGAGCAAGACUCGUGUAAGAUAGACCCAGGGUUGGUCCUUCAGCAAUAUUUUACUGUAUGCUAGAUAACUUCUUUAGUUUUAUGCUAAUUCUAAGUGUGGAUUAUCCACAGAUAUUCAGCUACAUAGCUUUUGAAAUGUGGAAAAUUUAAAUCUGAAAUUUUGGGAUUACUUUGUGGAACACAUGCCAUUGUAAUGUGUGCUGAGAGGUUGCCUUUAGAGGAGCUGUCCUGUCAGCUUGCUUUGCUUUGGGAUUAUUUUCAGCAGCAAGUAACAAAACCCUGACUCAACCAGCUCAAACAAUAAAGAAUGCAUGAUGUCACUUAACAAGAAGCCUGGAGGCAGGGUGGUUCUGGGUUGGUUUACUCAGCAGGUUAGUGUCAGCACCUGGGAGCCUGGUUCUUCGGACCUGUCUGUUCUGUUGGACUCUGUGUGCCGUGCAGCUCCCCUCACGUUUGCAGGAGGUCUGUGUGCUUCACAGCCUCCCAGCCUCCCACCUGAACAUCCAAAGGCAGGUUAAAAGAACCCCCUGGCUACUUUCUCAGAAGUACUCCCCAGCAGACUUCCCCUUCACAUCUUACAGGUGGGUCUGCACUCACCUUGAACCACUCACCCACCCACGCCUGUGGAGUGGUGGAACCACGUGAUCAGCUCUGUCCUGCAGGGUUUAGUCAUAGGGAGCACAACCCGGCUUUGCCUAAGUGGGAGGAAGGGAAUGGGCAGUGGGAAGGCCGACAGCAGUGUGUGCUAUGCUGAGUGCUAUGCUGGGUCACCUGAGCUCAGCGAGAAAUGAGCGGUCUAGGGCAGUGUUUCUCGAAGCCUGGUCCAGGGACCUAAAUCAGCAUCGCUUGGGAACUCGCUAGACUGGCCGGUUCUCAGACCCCACCCCAGACCUGGUGUGAAUCAGAAGCUCUAGGGGAGGAGCCCAGAGAUCUGUUUUAACAAGCCCUCCAGGUGGCUCUGAUGCAUGCUCAAGUUUGAAAACCAUUGGCCCAGGGUGAGGCAGCUCAGGGACCACAUUACAAAAUAUACUUUUUGUGGAGGAUUAAAUAAUGAGAGGUAGAAAUAGUCUUGUAGGUAAAACAGUGGGUGGAAAUUGGGAGAUGGUUGCUUUUCAGCCUGACUUACCACCACUGGCCCAGGAUUUUAUCAAACCUAGAAUCCGUACGUAUUCUCUUCAUAGGGUAUGGAGUGUUAGCUGGUGGAUCGAGUGUGUCCGAAGAAGUUCUGCUGCAAUGAUGCACAUGGGGGUGGGGUUCCAGGCUGAGCUUUGGUGUCCACCUAUCAGGGUCUCAUAUGUCCUGGCAUGCCUGGUAAACAGGUGGGUUAGGCCAUUGCAGGUCAGCUUCCAGGGGAGGACUGAGGAACCUUCUCAGGGAGAAUUCAUUCAUUAUAAGGGAAGUAAGUUUGGCAGAAAACCUUGGCCCAGUAACAGAAAGUCUCAGUUGUUGGAUGGGAGUGGCCACUCACAGCACAGGGUGGUAUGUGUAUUCAGAUCUGCCUCCUGGCCCAGGCCCCUGUGGAGCUGCACAGGCGUGUGUGUGUGUGUGUGUGUGUGUGUGUGUGUUAGAGAGAGACACCCUCGUGGGCCUGUGGCUGAGCUGUAUGUGUGUGUGGGAGUGUGCGAGAGAGAGGAGCCAGGGACAAGGAGAGAGACCCUUGUGGGCCUGUGGCUGGGGUGUGUGUGUGUGAGAGAGAGUGAGAGAGACAGAGACUCUGGUGGGCCUGUGGCUGAGAUGUGUGUGUGUGAGUGUGAGAGAGGAGACAGGGACAAAGAGAGAGACCUUUGUGGGCCUGUGGCUGAGUUGUGUGUGUGUGUUUGUGUAUGUAUGAGAGAGACAAGAGAGACUCUUGGGAGCCUAUGACUGAGGUGUGUGUGUGUGUGUGCAUGUUGAGAGAGACCCUGGUGAACCUGUGGCUGAGUUUUGUGUGCGUGUGUGUGUGAGAGAGAGAGAGAGAGACCGAGACCGUUGUGGGUUUGUGGCUGAGUUUUGUGUGAGAGGUAGAGACCCUGUGGGCCUGUGGCUGAGUUGUGUGUAAGAGAGAAUGAGGGUGCGUGAGUGCACCGGUGUGAGUGGGGUUGUUGGGGCAUGAGGAAGGAUAUUACUUAAGGCAAAACUGAAAGAAGUGUUCUAAAAAUUCUGUGAGAAACUGGGGUGGGCGGAAGCAGCACGGGGCGCUGCCCACCCCAAGGGGACUUCCACACCCCGUCCUGCAGCUGGAGGGCCAGGGCUGCCUGUGGGAGGAGUGGGGACCGUGCCCUGGUGAGGGCAGGGCCCAGAGGAGGCAGCCGGGAACUUGGAGAGAAGGAACAAAAUUGGGACAAGGGCCUGGGCCUGGGAUAGCCCAGCCUGUUGUGUGCCACUUACAGGGGAGAGGGGCCUCCCCAGCCACACAGCAGCCUGGGGAUUCCCUGCGGCUCUGUUGUGGUGGAGUGGGAGCAUUUGCCAGCUGAGGGGGCUGGAUGGAGUAGGGCAACAGGAAGCAACUCAAGUUCAAGUGUGGUGUAUUAAUUUCCCAGGGCUGUCUAACGAAGUGCCACAAACUGCGCGGCUUUAGAACAACAGAAUUGUAUUCUCUCCUCACAGUCCGGUGGCUGGAAGUCCUCUGUCAAGCCGGCAGGGCCACGCUGCCUCUGAAACCCUCGGGGAGUCCGCCCUCGCCUUUUCCUAGCUUCUGCGGGCUCGCCGGCAGCCUGUGGGGUUUCUUGGCUUGCAGCUGCAUCACUCCAGUCUCUUGUCGCACAGCGCUCUCCCUGGGUGUCUCCGUGCUUUCACGUGGCUGUCGUAUAAGGACACCAGUUAUAUUGAAGCAGGGGCCCACCCUACUGCAGUCCAGCCUCAUCUGGACUAAUUGCAUCUGCACCAACCCUGUUUCCAAGUCAGGUCACAUUCUGAGGUACUGGGGUUAGGACUUUGACAUAUCAUGUUGGGGUUGGUGGAGACACAGUUUAACCCAUAACACAUAGUCCCCAGCGAGACUCGUCUGUGAGCCCUUGUGAAUGUCCCUCACUUGUUUUCCUUGCCCUCCCCCAACACCAGGGCUCCUGAGAAACGCCUUUUUGGUAUUGGGCUGGUGAUGUGUGAAGCGAUCCACUGUGAAGCUUCCUUCCUGAGAGCUGCACAGACCAGUCUAUGGCAGCUUUGGACUCCUGGGCUCCAGCCGCAGCCGCAAAACCCACGCAGUUUCUUCCUAGCUCAUUGAACCUGGCCUUUUGGUUGAAUGGAUUUUAUUUCUGGAUUAUUUCUUUGUGUAUCUGUAGGAGCACGUCCAAGGAAAAUUCUUUAUUUUCACAAGAUUGUGAGCACUGGGGAGAAGUAUUUUUUUCUUUUUUCUUUUUUUUCUUUUUGAGACAGAGUUUCACUCUCUCACUCAGGCUGGAGUGCGGUGGCACGAUCUCAGUUCACUGCAACCUCUGCCUUCCAGGUUCAAGCGAUUCUCCUGCCUCGGCCCCUUGAGUAGCUGGGGUUACAGGCAUGUGCCACCAUGCCCGGCUAAUUUUUGUAUUUUUAGUAGAGACGGGGUUUCACCAUGUUGGUCAGGCUGGUCUCAAACUCCUGACCUCAUGGUCCACCCACCUUGGCCUCCCAAAGUGCUGGAAUUACAGGUGUGAGCCACUGCGCCCGGCCCGAUUUUUUUUUUUCUUGCGGAAAAUAAGUGGGCAGAUUUAAUAAUGAGCAAAUAGGCAAAACCAUGAAAUCAAACCUCGUUCCUUGUGUCAGAAUUCAGAAAAAAGCGACUAAUGUAACUGGUGCCAGGCUGUGUGUGCUGUGGUGUGUCUCUGUAUCUUCUCGGACAAACUAUUUAGUGGAAAAGGCUUACAUUUUCAGCCAUCAGUUUUAGAUUUUGGAAUACAGUUCCUGGGACAUCCUGUAGCAAAGAUUCUCCAUGCUUACAACCCUAGUAGGGACAGCGAGGUUGUGGUGAAUUCAGUGUUUGCAGCUGCUGGACAUUUCCAUGUACUGCCAGUUCCCUGCAGGGUAAUUCCAGCAAUGGGGAAAACUUCCUUCAGAAUUAUUUUCUUACCUACUGAAGAAGGAAGCAUUGAAAGUUCCUUAUUUAUUAAUACCUCUUCGUAUGGAGUCCUUUCCUAUCAUGUAUCUGGAAUUGGCACUCGUAGAAUCUCUACAGAAGGGUCUGCAAAGCAGCUACCAAAUGCUUAUUUUCUGCUUCCAAAGGUCCAGAGCAUUCAGCUGUCUCAAAUGCAGGCAGAAACCACUAAUACUAGCCUCUUGCAGGUGCAACUGGAAUGCAGUUUACAUAAUAAAGUGUGUCAGCAAUUAAAGGGUUGUUAUCUGGAAUCUGAUGAUGUUUUGCGUCUACAAAUGAGCAUAAUGGUAACAAUGGAAAACUUUUCAAAAGAAUUUGAAGAAAACACACAAGAUUUGUUAGAUCAUCUCUCUAUUGUUUACGUAGCUACAGAUGAAUCUGAGACCUCAGAUGAUUCAGCAGUAAAUAUGUAUAUAUUACAUUCAGGAAACAGCCUUAUAUGGAUACAGGAUAUACGCCAUUUCUCACAGAGAGAUGCUCUGUCUCUGCAGUUUGAACCAGUACUACUACCUACUUCUACAACAAACUUUACAAAAAUUGCUUCUUUUACCUGCAAAGCAGCUACAUCAUGUGACAGUGGAAUUAUAGAAGAUGUGAAGAAAACAACACACACUCCAACACUAAAAGCAUGCCUCUUCUCUUCUGUGGCUCAGGGGUAUUUUAGAAUGGACUCUUCUGCAACCCAGUUUCACAUAGAGACUCAUGAGAACACAUCAGGACUUUGGUCAAUAUGGUACCGCAACCAUUUUGACCGUAGUGUUGUAUUAAAUGAUGUGUUUCUUUCCAAGGAGACCAAGCACAUGUUAAAGAUUCUGAAUUUCACUGGCCCUUUAUUUCUACCUCCAGGCUGUUGGAAUAUAUUUUCUUUGAAACUUGCUGUUAAAGACAUUGCCAUAAAUCUAUUCACCAAUGUAUUUUUGACUACAAACAUAGGUGCCAUUUUUGCAAUACCUCUACAGAUUUAUUCAGCACCAACCAAGGAAGGGAGUCUGGGUUUUGAAGUGAUAGCACAUUGUGGCAUGCAUUAUUUCAUGGGAAAAUCAAAAGCAGGAAAUCCUAAUUGGAAUGGGAGCCUUUCUCUGGAUCAAUCUACCUGGAAUGUGGAUUCUGAACUUGCAAAUAAAUUGUAUGAAAGAUGGAAGAAAUAUAAAAAUGGUGACGUCUGCAAGAGGAAUGUUUUGGGAACAACUCGAUUUGCUCACUUGAAGAAAUCCAAGGAGUCUGAGUCCUUUGUUUUGUUUUUGCCUCGUUUGAUCGCAGAGCCUGGCCUCGUGUUAAACUUCAGCGCAACUGCCCUUAGGAGCAGGAUGGUCAAGUACUUUGUGGUGCAGAACCCGUCCUCUUGGCCAGUCUCCUUGCAGCUCCUGCCUCUCUGCUUGUACCCUAAACCCGAAGCCCUAGUGCACCUGCUCCACAGAUGGUUUGGCACUGAUAUGCAGAUGAUUAAUUUCACAACUGGUGAAUUCCAGCUCACCGAAGCUUGCCCUUACCUGGGUACGCAUUCUGAGGAAUCCAGGUUUGGCAUCCUCCACUUACAUCUGCAGCCUUUGGAAAUGAAAAGGGUUGGCGUAGUUUUCACACCCGCUGACUAUGGAAAAGUUACCUCACUCAUACUAAUCCGGAAUAACUUGACUGUUAUUGACAUGAUUGGCGUGGAAGGAUUUGGAGCAAGAGAGUUAUUAAAAGUGGGUGGAAGACUUCCUGGUGCAGGAGGCUCACUCCGAUUUAAGGUGCCCGAGUCCACGCUGAUGGACUGCCGUAGACAACUGAAAGACAGUAAGCAAAUUUUAUCUAUUACAAAGAACUUUAAAGUUGAGAAUAUUGGACCUCUUCCUAUAACUGUUUCGUCUCUGAAAAUUAAUGGGUAUAACUGCCAAGGUUAUGGAUUCGAGGUGCUGGAUUGUCAUCAGUUUUCCCUGGACCCAAACACAUCCCGCGAUAUCAGCAUUGUGUUCACUCCAGACUUUACCUCCUCCUGGGUAAUUCGGGACCUAAGUCUUGUAACCGCAGCGGACCUAGAAUUUCGCUUCACUCUCAAUGUGACUCUCCCUCAUCACCUGUUGCCCUUGUGUGCAGACGUGGUUCCAGGACCCAGCUGGGAGGAGUCAUUUUGGAGGCUCACGGUCUUCUUUGUCAGUUUGUCCCUGUUGGGUGUGAUUUUAAUAGCCUUCCAACAAGCACAGUACAUUCUCAUGGAAUUCAUGAAAACAAGACAGAGGCAAAAUGCUAGCUCCUCUUCACAGCAAAACAAUGGUCCUAUGGAUGUAAUCAGCCCCCAUUCUUGCAAAAGCAAUUGCAAGAACUUUCUCGAUACAUAUGGCCCCUCUGAUAAAGGCAGGGGGAAGAACUGCCUUCCAGUGAACACUCCCCAAAGCAGGAUCCAGAAUGCUGCAAAGAGGAGCCCAGCCACCUAUGGUCAUUCUCAGAAGAAGCACAAAUGCUCAGUGUAUUACAGUAAACACAAAACCAGCACAGCUGCGGCCAGCAGCACCAGCACGACUACUGAGGAAAAACAGACUUCACCCCUGGGCAGCUCACUGCCUGCUGCUAAAGAGGACAUUUGCACUGAUGCCAUGGGUGAGAACUGGAUCAGCCUCAAAUAUGCAAGUGGCAUAAAUGUCAACCUGCAGAAGAAUUUAACCCUUCCCAAAAACUUACUGAAUAAAGAAGAAAACACACUGAAAAACACAAUUGUUUUCAAUAAUCCUUCUUCAGAAUGUAAUAUGAUGGAGGGAAUACAGACAUGUAUGUUUCCUAAGGAAACUGACAUUAAAACUUCAGAGAACACAGCCGAGUUCAAGGAACGGGAGCUGUGUCCACUGAAGACCUCCAAGAAACUACCUGAAAACCAUUUACCAAGAAACUCACCUCAGUACCACCAGCCAGACUUGCCAGAAAUUUCCAGGAAAAAUAAUGGGAAUAACCAGCAAGUACCUGUCAAGAAUGAAGUAGAUCAUUGUGAAACUUUGAAGAAGGUGGACACAAAGCCUUCUUCAGAAAAGAAGAUUCACAAAACAUCUAGAGAAGACAUGUUUUCUGAGAAACAGGACAUACCUUUCGUAGAGCAAGAAGAUCCUUAUAGGAAGAAAAAGCUUCAGGAGAAAAGAGAAGGAAAUUUACAAAAUUUAAAUUGGAGUAAAAAUCGAACAUGUAGAAAGAACAAGAAAAGGGGUGUUGUUCCAGUCUCAAGGCCUCCUGAACAGAGUGAUCUAAAGCUUGUGUGCAGUGACUUUGAGAGGUCUGAGCUGAGCAGUGACAUCAAUGUAAGAAGCUGGUGUAUACAGGAAAGCACUAGGGAGGUUUGUAAAGCAGAUGCCGAAAUUGCAAGCAGUUUACCUGCUGCCCAGAGAGAGGCAGAAGGUUACUACCAGAAGCCUGAGAAGAAAUGUGUGGACAAGUUCUGCUCCGAUUCCAGCUCUGACUGUGGGAGCUCCUCUGGCAGCGUGCGUGCCAGCCGGGGCAGCUGGGGGAGCUGGAGCAGCACCAGCAGCUCCGACGGGGAUAAGAAGCCCAUGGUGGACGCCCAGCACUUCCUGCCGGCCGGAGACAGUGUUUCACAAAAUGAUUUUCCUUCUGAAGCUCCCAUCUCCUUGAAUCUUUCUCAUAACAUCUGCAAUCCCAUGACCGUGAAUAGUCUCCCACAAUACGCAGAGCCUUCCUGUCCCAGCCUUCCUGCCGGGCCCACAGGUGUUGAAGAAGAUAAAGGUCUUUACUCACCUGGAGACCUGUGGCCCACUCCGCCAGUGUGUGUGACAAGCAGCUUAAACUGCACCCUGGAGAACGGCGUGCCUUGUGUGAUUCAGGAGUCGGCCCCGGUUCAUAAUAGUUUCAUUGAUUGGAGUGCAACAUGCGAAGGCCAGUUUUCCAGUGCAUACUGUCCAUUGGAAUUGAAUGAUUACAAUGCCUUUCCAGAAGAAAACAUGAACUAUGCCAAUGGCUUCCCCUGUCCUGCAGAUGUUCAGACAGACUUUAUUGAUCACAACUCUCAGUCUACCUGGAACACCCCACCCAACAUGCCUGCUGCCUGGGGACAUGCCAGUUUCAUCAGCUCUCCGCCCUACCUCACAAGCACCCGAAGCUUGUCUCCAAUGUCUGGACUUUUUGGUUCCAUCUGGGCCCCGCAAAGCGACGUGUAUGAAAAUUGCUGCCCCAUCAACCCCACCACGGAACAUUCGACCCACAUGGAAAACCAGGCGGUCGUGUGCAAGGAAUACUACCCGGGGUUCAACCCGUUUCGCGCCUAUAUGAACCUGGACAUAUGGACUACCACAGCGAAUAGGAAUGCAAAUUUCCCACUGUCUAGAGACUCGAGUUACUGUGGGAAUGUGUGAAACUAAUUGGAUUUUUAAACAAUGUGAAUAAAGAGGGUUGUGUUUUGAUUACUAGUGUAAACUGGUUAUUGAGAUAGAUUAUGACAUUGGUGGAUAUUUUGGCACUUUUAUAUGAAAAUAAAUUUUUUAAUGAAA